CAUAAUUAAAUAAGCUUGUGAGAAAACGAAUAGGUUCUCAUGUUUAACAACAAAAGUGCAUGCUUGCGGAAUGCAAAAUAUCUGUAUUUUAUAGAAUUUUAUUAAGUUUAGUGAGAUAUUUUCAUUGGUACAAAUUAUGGCUGAUGUAUACAGACUGAUCCAUCCUGUGAAAUACUUCAAUGAUUAUGUAUCUCGCAAUAUUCGUCCAGAUGGAAGAAAGUUUAGCGAGCAACGCAACAUUAAAUUAAACGUUAAUUCGAUAAAAACUGCAGACGCUUCUGCAGUUAUAAAAUGUGGAAAUACAACAGUUAUAUGUGGUAUCAAAUUGGAAUUGGCAACACCAAAAGCAGAAGAACCAAACUUUGGCUUCUUAGUAACAAAUGUGGAGCUGCCUGCUUUAUGUUCAUCCAAGUUCAGACCGGGCCCACCAUCUGACCAUGCUCAAGUUGUCAGCAGCCUCGUAUCGGACAUUGUUAUCCAUUCCAAAUGCAUCAAUUUGGAGGACCUCUGUAUUGUCCCUGACAAGUUGGCUUGGGUGUUGUAUUGUGACAUGGUGUGCAUUGACAAUGAUGGAAGUUUAGUUGAUGCAUGCAUUAUCACACUGUUAACCAGUCUUAAAACUUUAUCAUUACCAAAAGUGACCUACGAUCCGGAGACAGAAGUCAUUGAAGUGGAUGCAAAUACUAGGACUCCGCUAAAAGUUCAUGGGCUGCCGGUGGCAACCAGCUUUGCUGUUUAUGACUUACUGAAACAGAAUGUCAUUCUUGCUGAUCCAUCAUCCUAUGAAGAGGAAAUGUGUGGUGGUAACGGCGCCAAUUUAAUAAUAUGCUGUAACACAAGUACACUCUGUGGAUUGCAAAAAUUUGGUGGCAGUAAUCUUACAAAUGAAAAUCAAGAAGAAGCAUUGAAAAUAGCACAGAAAAGGGUUAAACUUAUAGAGGAAGUUAUAAAUACUUGUAUUAAAAACGACCUAAGUUGAGCAAUAA